UCGGAGGUGAAGGACCGCCUGUCCCCUCGCUGCGGCUGCUGUCAAUGGCUCUCGGGACGUGUUUCAUGUGAAUGUCUGGACCUCCGAAGUGGCCAAUAAUGGAUUUUCUAUGGAUAUUAUGGACCAUACCGGCCGUAAUAGCUGUCGAAGAAACACUUAUGGACUCCACCACCGCCACAGCAGAAUUGGGCUGGACAGUCUUCCCUGUGUCUGGUACCAGCGAGAACAGCUGGGAGGAGGUGAGCGGCUACGAUGAAAACAUGAACACCAUUCGCACCUACCAGGUCUGCAAUGUCUUUGACAGCAAUCAGAACAACUGGGUACGGACAAAGUACAUCCGGCGUCGUGGUGCGCAGCGGAUUCACGUGGAGAUGAAGUUCUCUGUGAGGGACUGCAGCAGCAUUCCAAAUGUUCCAGGUUCCUGUAAAGAAACUUUUAACUUCUAUUACUAUGAGUCUGACUCGGACACUGCAACCAGAAAUUCACCAGCCUGGAUGGAAAACCCCUGGAUCAAGAUUGAUACUAUAGCUGCAGAUGCCAGCUUUUCUCAGGUGGACUUGGGAGGAAGAGUGAUGAAGAUCAACACCGAGGUCCGGAGUUUUGGCCCUGUAUCCCGAAACGGUUUCUACUUGGCUUUUCAAGAUUACGGGGGCUGCAUGUCUCUUAUAGCUGUCCGUGUCUUCUACCGGAAGUGCCCUCGUAUAAUCACGAAUGGGGCGUUGUUCCAGGAGACUCUGUCAGGAGCAGAGAGCACCUCGCUUGUGGCCUCCCGAGGAGUCUGCAUCCCUAAUGCUGAGGAAGUGGAUGUACCUAUCAAGUUGUAUUGCAAUGGUGAUGGAGAGUGGAUGGUUCCCAUCGGAAGGUGCAUGUGCAAAGCAGGGAACGAAGCAGUGAAGAACGGGACUGUUUGUCAAGCCUGUCCGUCUGGAUUUUUCAAGCCCACUCAAGGGGACGAGCCCUGUCUGCAGUGUCCCAUCAACAGCAGGACGACCAGCGAGGGAGCCAUCAACUGUGUUUGCCGCAACGGAUACUAUCGCACGGACUCAGAUCCUUUUCAGAUGCCAUGCACGACUGUCCCGUCAGCCCCACAGAACGUCAUCUCCAGCGUGAACGAGACCUCAGUGAUGCUAGAGUGGAUGCCUCCGCGAGACUCGGGCGGGCGCGAGGACGUGGUCUUCAACAUCAUCUGCAAGAGCUGCGGCGGAGGCCGUGGAGGCUGCACCCGCUGUGGGGACAACGUUCAGUUUCUCCCACGUCAGCUGGGACUGACGGAGUCACGUGUCUAUAUUAGUGACCUUCUGGCCCACACACAGUACACCUUUGAGGUGCAGGCGGUGAACGGCGUGUCGGACCAGAGCCCAUACUCUCCGCAGUACUCCUCAGUCAACAUCACCACUAACCAAGCUGCUCCUUCCACUGUGUCCAUUGUGCACCAGGUCAGUCGCACUGUGGACAGCAUCACCCUCACGUGGUCCCAGCCUGACCAGCCAAACGGUGUCAUUCUGGACUAUGAGCUCCAGUACUAUGAGAAGGACAGUUCUGAGUUCAACUCCACCACCAUCAGGAGCCGGACCAACACGGCGGUGGUCCGAGGUCUUAAGCCAGCCAGCAUCUACGUGUUCCAGGUCAGGGCCCGCACCGUGGCCGGGUUUGGACGCUACGGUGGCAAAGUGUACUAUCAGACCAUGACUGAAGAGGAAUACAACACCAGCAUCCAGGAGAAGCUGCCGCUCAUCAUCGGCUCGGCGGCGGCCGGAUUAGUCUUCCUCAUUGCCGUGGUUGUCAUCAUCAUCGUGUGCAAUCGGCGUGGCUUCGAGCGCGGUGAUUCAGAAUACACAGACAAACUGCAGCACUACACCAGCGGCCACAUGACUCCAGGAAUGAAGAUCUACAUCGAUCCGUUCACCUAUGAGGACCCCAAUGAGGCCGUGAGGGAGUUUGCAAAGGAGAUUGAUAUAUCAUGUGUCAAGAUUGAGCAGGUCAUUGGUGCAGGUAAUGAAAACUGGCAAGAGGAGCAGCGCUGUAACAUAACACAAUCUUUUUGGUCUGAUUCGAGAUUGGGUUUCAUGUGUCCAGGCGAGUUUGGAGAGGUGUGCAGCGGAAACCUGAGGCUCCCGGGGAAGAGGGAGAUGUUUGUGGCCAUAAAGACUCUGAAGUCGGGCUACACAGAGAAGCAGAGGCGGGACUUCCUGAGCGAAGCCAGCAUCAUGGGGCAGUUUGACCACCCCAACGUCAUCCACCUGGAGGGAGUGGUGACCAAGAGUAGCCCCGUCAUGAUCAUCACAGAGUUCAUGGAGAACGGAUCCCUGGAUUCUUUCCUCAGGCAAAACGACGGGCAGUUCACUGUGAUCCAGCUGGUCGGGAUGCUGCGUGGAAUCGCCUCGGGCAUGAAGUACCUGGCUGAUAUGAACUAUGUUCACCGUGACCUGGCUGCCCGCAACAUCCUGGUCAACUCCAAUCUGGUCUGCAAAGUGUCCGACUUUGGCCUGUCACGCUUCCUGGAGGACGACACGUCAGACCCCACCUACACCAGCGCCCUGGGAGGGAAGAUCCCAAUCCGAUGGACCGCACCCGAAGCCAUCCAAUACAGGAAGUUCACGUCCGCCAGUGACGUGUGGAGCUAUGGGAUCGUCAUGUGGGAGGUCAUGUCGUACGGAGAAAGGCCUUAUUGGGACAUGACCAAUCAAGAUGUCAUCAACGCCAUUGAGCAGGACUACCGGUUGCCCCCUCCGAUGGACUGUCCCAGCGCGCUGCACCAGCUCAUGCUGGACUGCUGGCAGAAGGACCGCAACAACCGGCCCAAGUUCAGCCAGAUUGUCAACAACCUGGACAAGAUGAUCCGCAACCCCAACACGCUCAAGGCCAUGACCCCGCUGUCAUCAGGCGUUCACCUCCCCCUCCUGGACCGCAGCAUCCCAGACUUCUCCAGCUUCAGCACAGUGGACGAGUGGCUGGACGCCAUCAAAAUGGGCCAGUACAAAGACAACUUUGCCAACUCAGACUUCAACACGUUUGACGUGGUAUCUCAGAUGACCAUGGACGACAUCUUGAGGGUGGGCGUGACGUUAGCGGGUCAUCAAAAGAAGAUCCUCAACAGUGUCCAGAUGAUGCGGGCACAGAUGAACCAGAUCCAGUCCAUAGAGGUUUGACCCUCCUGAGUGGAGGGAGGGAGGGAAGAGCUCUGGGUGCCCAGGAUGCCGUGUUUCUGUGUAUUUUUGGUGUGAAGGUGCGGCCGCUUCCCCCCCCACCACGGAAGGCCGCUCGUUCCCAGCUUUUCCUGUGAAAUCCCCCACCUUCCUCUUUGCCCUGACGCUCCCUCCAUCCGCUGUUAGAUACUCGGUCACGGCGCUGCAGCGAAGAAACCCCCAGAACACGGGAGAAUAGACCUGACCAGCUACACCUUUUUUUUCAUCUUCUUUCACCAAUUUUUCAGUUGAUGUCCAGUUAUUAUUUUAUUUUUUGGGGGGUUUGGUGAUUUUUGUAAAGACUUUUUUAUGGAAAAAAAACAGAAAAAUGGAAAAAAGGAAAAGGAGUUUAUCUGGAUUUAUUGAUGCUAUAAGGUUGUAGAGGAAUAGGAAAGCUACCCUUUAAAAGGGCAACGAACAUAGAGGGAGGAGGAGAGGUCGACCUCUGCACCACAAGGAUUUUGUCUUUGAAUUGAGGUUGGGACUUGACGAGGACACAGCGUGACCUGCAGCCUUUAGAGAGACAAAGAGAAGAGAAGACCUGACUUGCACUCCCACAAGGAAUUUAACAGAAAAAAAAACAUUUAAAAAAAAUAUCUAAAAAAAAAAAAACAUGCGAUGGACUGCUUUGACUGACGUCCUACAAUCACAGAGAAGUCAACACUUUUUUCUCAUUGCAAGUUACUUUCUAUAUUGUGUGAAAUGUUGUGAUGAAGACUCCCACUCACCUUCCUCCUCCAUCCACAAGUGAAAUUUGAAUGGUCUGCAAAAUUCAUCUUUAGUUUUUGGCUCCUUUUUUUUUUUUGUUUUCCUCCUCUGUACAUAUCAGAUGCACAUCUUUUCAAGUCGGGGCAGAAGAGACUGCUGGAGGUUUCCCAACACAACAAUGUUUUCCUCUGAAACAAACUGCUUCUAUAUCUUUUCAAUGUUUGUGCGCACGUGUGCCGGGGUUGCACGGUGUCGACCCGUUUGGGUGUCUAGACAUGAAAAAAUGAAAAAUAAUCACAGAAAGAAACUUCCCGCUUUCAUUGUUUUCCAUUCCCAAAGAGUGCCACUGUGAUAGCGACUAACUUGCCAAAAAAAAAAAAAAAAGGUAAACCAUGUAUUCACGUCUCUGGUCCGACAGGAUUUCUUUAACUGUGCUGUGUGUGAAAUUGCGUUGCGUCUGUCAAAGUCGCAGUUUUAGCAAUACGUGAACCAAACCUAGCUGAAGUGCUCAGAUUGGAAAUGCUUCCAAUGACCAUUUUUACUGCGAGUAACAUUUUGUAAGACUGGUUUUAAUUUAUUGUCUUUUACAUCUCACACAUCCCUGAUACCGUGCAGCCCCCCUUCCCCCCCAGCACGUGGCUCCUGAUGUGUCGCUUCUCUAAUGGUUCUCUCAAUUACUGUGCAAGCUCAGGUUUGAUCCACGGGUGUGACGUUUCAGCUUCCAGUUUUUUUAUUCCGGAAAAAAAGAAAGCCACGUUUGAGAUGUUUGGGUGGGCACACCUGGUUUUUCCACACCUCCUCACAAGUAGACAUGAAAAAAGAUCAGUGUUUUAUUACUGCAGUUUCUGUAUGGCUGUAAAUGAAUCGUCGUUGUUGUUCCUAUUACUUUUUCUCUGCACUGAGUCCACUGUUGGGCUUUUAGUCUUCGGUUCCCGUGAAAAUGACAAGUGCAGAGCUGUCAUCUUUGUUUGUGUUGUCGUCAGUAACGCGGUGUCAGCAGGGACAGUGGGGCAGAGAACAUGGAAACGGAGAUGUCGUUCCGCAGGAGCUUCCGCGUAAACAUCCAGUGAAUGAUCCCAGCGGUGCAGAGCUCCGUGUGUGAGACCUGACAGGCCGACAAGGGCGUCAAGCUGGGAGCCUUCGGUCAGAUGUGCCGGAUCUCAGCGGGGCGGCUGCACCCUGAUCACAGCCGCUCGGUCCAAGCACCGGUUUCCCUCCGUGACUCUCACACAUGCCUGCCAGCCACCUGUCUGCCGCUCCCUCUGAUCUCCUCACAGUCGGCCUCUCAGCAGUUGUCUGCUCUCGUCUCGACCCGUUUCAAGGCAUCGACAGCAGCAGACGGGGCCCACAUUCAUCAUCGCGUCCUGGCGCUGAGGAUUCCUCCAGACUGGACCAGUUUAAUGUCACAGAGAGUCGAGCUUGAUCGGACCUGAGCAACUGUGCCGUUCAUAUUCAGUCUUUCCACUCCAAACUUGUCUCAGGAUCACAGAGGUCCAGUCAGAACCCCCUUUAACCGGCACUUAUCCAUUCACUCGUGAGGCCGUACCUCUGGUCAGACCCUUUACUCCUCGCUCCUUGUUACUCCUCGUUUUUUUAAAGCUAUUUUUGGACGUCAUCACAAUAAAACCCCCUUGUUGGUGUCUUUAGUAAUGAGACACAUUUAUCUCGAAAAAAUAAUGAGGCAAAAACCUCCAAAUGAAGAUCCUCUGUCCUCAUUAACACGCUUUUAUCUAGUAAGACAGCAGGGAGAUUUGAGAAAAACAAUGCCGACUCAGCGGUUUGUACCACCUAAAAAUGUUCUCAAAGAUUUCAAAAUUUCGUGACCCAAUUUGAUUGUGAUUUAAAUUGGAUUUUGUCUUCAGGAUGGUUUGAUGUUAAAAUGCAUAAGAUUGUUAACAAUUUUAUGAAUUUCCUUCCCGUGCGACGAGUCCACGUCAAAUGUUGUUUUUCAGUCCGCAACAUUGAGGGGAACCUUCUCAACAAAUCCUUUGAAGACAUCAGGUUGUGUGUUUCCCUGCGAGCCCUUGUUUCUGAUGAAACGUCAAGAGUGGUCUGUCAUGAACGCGACACACAUGCGGUGACCCAAAUGCCACCGAUGCCAACUCGCAAUUUGUUUUCGUCUCCCUUUUUCAUCAUGGAGAUUUCACAGCUCAUCACUUUUGAUUUCUUAAUGCCUGGGCAGGACGUGCGGAAAUGUUAUUUUUAAAGAGGCGGUAGAGAGUUCAGUGGGUGGUGUUGUGGAGGAUCAUGGAUUGCUUCCGUUCGUUCAUGAAGGAACCUUUAUUCACGAUGAGGAGUGUGAUGGAUACUGGCAUGAGAGUCAUGUUUGUCUGGUGUGAGAAGUGUGUCUACAGAUAGUUUCUGUGACAGUUGUCUACUUCCAGUCGGAAAUGCUUGCAAAACAUUUCUCAGGAGGCAGAUAGGAGGCAUAUGCAAGAGAUGCCGGACCAGAACAGCGACAAUUCGACUCACUCUAAACUGGCGCUUCAGGGAGAGUCCAGCCUCCCUGCUGUUUUGGUCUUUUUGGCUUCGCCACCAACAGUUCAAGACCAUAGUCGGUUCUGUUCACAUUACCGUUACAGACACGAUUUAUUUAUGUAUUCUCUGGGGUUUUCUGGUUGCUGCAUGAGGUUUUUGCUUAUGAUUCAGCCCCACUUGCUCAUGCUGCCAAGACGAGGGAGUUACUCGGCUAUGGAGGAUGUGAAAUCCAAGACUGGGUGGAAUGUCCCGUUUAGGAUUCAGAUUCUUUCCUCGGUGGAGAAGUUCAUGCAUCUCUGGGUCUUCUUAGUGAGCGAGGAACGGAUGGAGAGGGAGACAGACCGAUUGCUGGAGGAUUUGUUCUCGAAGGACACAUGUUGUCCUUUGAUGUGGUCAUUUAGUUUAAAACAACAUACCGUAAAUUCCAGACAAUAGUGGCGCAUUAAACGUAAGAAGGAAAAUUGAUCUUGUUCCUACAUAAGCCUUAAGCCGCGGGUGCAGUGGUGCUGUCUGCUCCGUAGAAAGGCCAGUGGUGCUUAAAAAUGCAUGAGGAUCACUUAUAAACUAGUUUUGCAAACAAGCUCCAGCAUGGAGACUGACUCAUGAAACAAACUGUUCUCAACUUAAAUCAUCAACUCCUCGCAUCUUUUAUUGAAAUUAAAGUGCUCAAAAUGUGCUGUUUUCACCCGCGUGUCCCAAGUUUCGACACCACAGCUGGUCUCAGCUGCUGCUUCUCGUCUCUGGUCCUCCAGGAGAUCCGCUCUGUGGGUGGAGCUGUGGACACUCGGGCGAAAACAGCGCAUUUUGAGCACUUUAAGGUCAGUAAAACGCCUGUGAUUUCAUUAGUUUGGUGUGACAAGGCUCAUUAUUUGGGUACCUGAUGCUCUUUAGCCUGUGACGAGAAAACAGUAGUGGCUUAUAGUCUGGAAUUCACGGUACAUGUGUUUAUAACCCAUAUACGGCACACGCCAAGUAGUCGACGAAUCAAAAAGGCCGUCUGUGACUAGCUGUCAAUAUUCACGUUAGAUGAAGCCCUAAUUUAUUGCUGUGUUCUUGAGACUGUUGUGCUGAGGUGAAAGCCGCUCCUGUGGUGGUCUGAGGAAGCAUCACCGCUGCUGUGGUUGUUAUGUGGUUUAUUCCCGAGUACUUUUGCAUACAGUGGACGGUCUGAUGCGGCACAUGGAAAAGCAAGGUCUUUUUUCCUGCCCAAAAAGGAGCCUUGUUUUCAGUGCAAUUUGGGUCAGGUUUUCAGGGGCAUCGCUGGAUGUGGGCCGUGAGCCUUGUCCCUCUGGAAGCCCUGGGCUUUACUUGUGAUUCAGAGCAUGUCAGGCCGGCGCACGUGUCAAAAGAAGGUGUUUUCAGGCCCACAUUCAAGACCCUACAGUCACUCAGACGUCUGGAUCAUGGAGGUAAUCUUUGGACAGUGAUAACUGAUGCCGCAACCCGACUCACUGAUGGUGGCGAUGAUGUCCGCCUCUCUUAAAUGGCGUCUGACACUGUUCUAACAAAGGUAACAACACAGUCAGGACUUCACUGCUUCCCCUGCGGUAAAUAUCUCUCAGCAUUAAUGUAACAUUCACUUUUGGGGGCAGCUCCUGCUCGGCCCUCAUUUAAAGCUCAUUCAGAUUCCGGUGUGUUGGCGCUGCCAAGAGUUUGAGUUAUUAAUAAAGAAAUUAUCCCUGAACUGCAGUUCACAGAACUUGGUCGAGGUCACACGGCGUCAGGAGUGGGUUUCACCAGCAGUCAGUGUUUUCCCGUCGUGUCCUUUUUUUCUUCAGAGAGUUUUUUUAAAAUACUGUUUAGAAUGAAAGUGUUUGAAGGCAGUAUUCAUAUGUACCAUGGCGAGGAGUGGCUGCUCUCAUGUCAAGUGUGCAGCACGAUGGCGGCUACUUAAACUGAAAAUGGACUGUCGCGAGUGUGUUUCACCGUCACCCGCCGAGCAGCUGUUUGCCAUUUGAAUAGUGACUCAAGAGAAACGUUUGCAUUCUUUCUUCAGCUCUUCCAGAUUUUCAGAUCCUUGUGUUUUCCACCAUCAGAAUGUCUUGAGACUGGUGCUCCCUUCGGAGGUGGCACUCUGUGUCUGGGCCGCAGACCUGCCCCAGUGGUGUCCCCCCUCCCCCCCGUGUGUCCGCUCUCUGUGUGCCAAUAUUUGAAGGAUGACCGCAAAAGUGUUAGUUACAUGAGUUUGAACCUGUUUGAGACCCCCGCUCGGGUCCUAAGAACAGGGUCUGCCCUCCUGUUGUGUCAGACAGAAAAUGGCUCCCAUCUUCUGGCUCAGUCGCGCUGAAGGACUGGAGCGCCUCCUGCUGCUGAAGUGGUGGAAUUGUAGCAUUGUAACGUCGGAGUCCAGGACUCCUCGGCAGGCCGCUGACAAACUUUUGUACCGCUGCAGAAACCCUGCUCUCGUUUUCCCCCUUCUAUUGACCCGCGUGUCCCACCUCUCCCUGUCUCCGCACCGCGCCGGCAGGAGACCUGCGCGGGGCCCCGGGGCCGCGACAGACCGCGCGCUCCAGCAGCGCACUGGCGUGAAGCGGCCGACCUUGUAUUUCUGUACAAAUGUAUAUUGACUGUAACCCUGUGAAUGAUGUAACAAUUUCAUUAUUUGUAAUAUUGUCAUUGGUUUAUUUUCUAAAAAUAGAAAAGCUCAACUUGACUCUCCUCAAUAAAAAAUAAG